CCGACAACAGUGCCUCCAAACAAAGGCUCUCUGCAAGCUUUUGCAAACCCACGCAUUUCCCAAACUGACCUCUCAAAUCGAAUCCCCUCGACGAUCUCGCGCAUCCUUUACAAUCCCAUCUCCGUUUCAGCAAUCAUUCGAGGAUUCGGCCCUAUCCCAAUCGCCUCAAAAUCAAGUCAAACUUUUAUAAGACGCACCCCAGCUGCUGAGCCGCUCACCAGACGCCAAGAUUCGUCGUCCUCCCUCCGAUCGCCAAAGCUGCAGGGCCGGCCGGCGAAGGUAGUUCUUGAGGAGCCAUGGCGGCCGCGUCGGCCUCUGCGGCGAGCUCCGGCGGCGGCCGUCCCCGGCGCGUGCUGAUGUUCCCGCUGCCGUUCCAGGGCCACCUGAACCCGAUGCUGCAGCUGGCCGGGGCGCUGCACGCGCGGGGCGGCGGCCUGGUGGGCAUCACCGUCUUCCACGCCGCCUUCAACGCGCCCAACCCGGCGCGGCACCCGCCGGGGUACCGCUUCGUCCCCGUCGGCGAGGGCGUGCCGUCGGCCGACCUGAUCCCGUCCGGCAGCGACGCGGACUUCGCCGGCGCGCUGGGCCGGAUCAACGACCGCCUCCGGGAGCCGUUCCGGGACCUCCUGCGCCAGGCGCUCGCCGAUGCCGAGGACGACGAGGCGGCGGCGUGCCUGGUGGUGGACUCCAACCUGCGAGGGAUCCAGCUGGUGGCGGAGGAGCUCGGCGUGCCGACGCUCGUGCUCCGCACCGGCGGCGCCGCCUGCCUCGUCGCCUACAUGGCGUUCCCGGCGCUCUGCGACAAGGGCCUCCUCCCGCCGGCAUCUCAAGAUAAGGUUCAGUUGGACAUGCCAUUGGAUGAGCUUACACCACUACGGCUGAGAGAUAUGGUGUUCUCGCGCACUACUACGCAUGCUAAUAUGAGAAGAUGCCUACAAGAUUUAUUGGAUGCAGGAAGUAGUUCUUCCGGUAUCAUCCUAAACACCUUCCAAGACCUUGAGAAUUCAGAUGUCCAAAAGAUCUCCAAUGGCCUCGGCGUUCCGUUGUACACGAUAGGGCCACUUCACAAGAUUUCUUCAGGCACUGAGGGAAGCUUGCUAGCACAAGACCAGACUUGUUUAAAGUGGUUGGACAAGCAAGAGGCUGAUUCUGUUCUCUAUGUGAGCUUUGGGAGCUUGGCAUCUAUGGAUGAAAAGGAAAUGUUGGAGACAGCAUGGGGCUUGGCCAACAGCCAGAUGCCAUUUCUGUGGGUGAUCCGUCAUAACAUGGUCAAGUCCUCACACCAGAUGAGCAUUCCUGAAGGCUUUGAGGAGGCGACACGUGGAAGGGGAAUGGUCGUGACCUGGGCUCCACAGCAAGAAGUUUUAGGGCACCACGCAAUUGGUGGCUUUUGGACUCACAAUGGAUGGAACUCGACUCUGGAGAGCAUUUGUGAGGGUGUUCCAAUGAUAUGUAGGCCCCAAUUUGCCGACCAGAUGAUAAAUAUGAGGUACGUUCAAGAAGUGUGGAAGAUAGGGUUUGAGAUAGAAGGGGAGUUGGAGAGGGGGGAGAUCGAGAUGGCUAUUAAAAAGUUACUAUGCACAGAAGAAGGUAGACAGAUGAGACUGAGGGCUAAGGAUCUUCAGGACAAAGCUGUUAAGUGUAUCGAGGAAGAAGGCUCUUCCAAAUCUGCAAUGGAGUCGCUGCUGAAGCGCAUAAUGUCAUUUUAGAUAUUUUCCGUGCAUAAGAAGAAAGUAUUGCUGUUAGAUGUGAUAAGUGCUUCCCAUAAAUUGAGAAGGCAGUUAAUAAAGCCGUGUAUUGACAUGUAAGCUUCCAUUUUAAUUUGAGCAAAUAAGUCGUCAACAGGGAGGAACCAUCAAUGAAGAAAUCCGGCUUUCAGAAA